UCACAAAAACGGAAGAAACAAACGAACGAACAGGGAACGCACGAACUAAGAACAUAGGUUCUAAACACAAUAACAACAAGCUGCUAAAACAAAGAAAAAACAUAACAGAUUUGAGAAAGGAUAUGACACACACCACAGAAUACAGAAAAAAUACGGGAGACAUUUACAGUUGUGUUAAUGAAAAAAUAAGUUAAAGUGAAGAAAGUAAAUUUUUAUACCAAAGUAACAAAAAAAGGAAAAUCAACAAAUUUAUUAAAAAAAAAAAUCAUAAAUUUCAGUUUUAAACAUUACACAAUAAUAAUUUCUGAGUGCUUACCAGAAAACAACGAAAUAUGUUCUGUUAGUUUUAUUAAUUUUUCUUUAAAGUUAAGCAUAUUUUUUGUACAACAAAAUGAAAUUUUAAUAGAAAAAAUGUGUAUAAUUUAAAGGUGACUACAAUAAUAAUUCUAUUUAUUUAUUGUUGUUACUGAGGAAAAGUGAAGGGAAAUUUUACAACGAAAAAUUAUUUUUUAUUAAAAAAAUCAGUUUAAUAGUUUCAAAAACUGUUUUUUAAGUUAAAUUAAAUUUUUGCUAAACAAAAAAAUACACCAUAUUUUCAACAUGAAUAUAAUGAAUUCCUUUGGAGGUGGUGAUGGAGGUGAUGUUGAACUUAAAGAGAGACUUAUUGCCUGCGUUAAGAAGGAGGUGAAACAGCUGAUGGAAGAAGCUGUUACCAAAAAAUAUAUACAUGAAGAAAGUAGUUCGAUUACAUCGUUAUGCGGAGCUGUGGAAACAUGUCUCAGUCAUGGUUUGCGUAGGCGUGCUUUGGGUCUAUUCAAAACGUCAUCAACAACGGCUCUUAUACAGAAAAUAGCCAAAACUUGUCCAGAGGCAGACUAUGUAAGUCGACGUUUGCUGGAAAUCGAAAUUGCCAUUGAGAGUACGACAGUGGCUGGCAAACGAUCUUCCUCGAGUAGCGAUAGUAUUAUUAAGCCUAAACUACUGAGCAAAGGUAGCAGCAGUUCGGUAACAACGAUCAAUACAGUGUCCAUAAACUCUUCGUCGGGUACACCGGUGGUCAAGUAUUUGUGGAUACGUGUGGCUUUAUACGAGAAGCGUUUAGCCAAAAUCAUAGAACAUUUGGUGAGCAAUGCUAACAGUUACUAUGAUCGUGAUGCGCUGGUCGCAGAUCCCGAUUAUGGUUCGAUAUUGAGUUCACUGUUGGUGGGUCCCUGUGCUUUAGAAUUUACCAGAGCCAAAACUGCAGAUCAUUAUUGGUCCGAUCCUCCGGCUGAUGAAUUGGUACAAAGACAUCGCAUAAGUUCAGGCAACCGAACUCCACCCACAUGCCAUCGUCCCAUAAUAAAUUUCAAGCGUAGCUUACAUACCAGUUCUGAAGAUACCAGUAGUGGUUCGUUUAAAGCCAGUUCACCAGCGAGUGUAGCUAAAGAUUAUGUGGAAUCACUGCACCAAAACUCACGUACAACAUUACUCUAUGGCAAAAAUAAUGUGCUCGUCUUACCGAAAGAUGUAAGUGAGCCUAUGCCUGGCUACUUAAGUCUUCAUCAAACUGUGCAAUCGUUAACCAUUAAAUGGACACCUAAUCAGUUAAUGAACGGUUAUACAGAUACCGAUGGUAGUGAUUUGAGUUCUUAUUGGACAUAUGCGCUCAACAUUAAUGUAGAUGAAAUUGUGUAUGUUCAUUGCCAUCAAAAUCGUGGCGAAGAUACGGGAGGUACCAUUAUACUGGUUGGUCAAGAUGGAGUGCAAAGACCACCUAUACAUUUUCCAGAGGGUGGUCAUUUGCAAUCAUUUUUAAGUUGUCUAGAAACCGGUCUUUUGCCACACGGUCAAUUGGACCCACCAUUAUGGUCGCAGCGAGGCAUUGGCAAAAUGUUUCCCUGGCCAAAAAGUGUCAGGCGUCGUAUAUUACCCUCGGUUAUGGAGUCUGCCGAUGAAACACCGAUUGAUUAUGUCUUCCGCGUUGUUAGCAAAAGUCAACAUGAAGAGUUUUUGGCUACUCAUCCUAUAUUGGAGUUGGGCCGCACUAGUCCUAGACGAAAACAUUUAGGUAGUUGUUCAACCACCGGUAGUAGUGAUUGUUCAAGUAAAAGUCUAUCGAUGGAUCAAAGUACUACAGAGCCGCCACUGAUACAGGCAAGCCAAACGGCGAGUAUUGAGCUGGUAUGUUCUACAAUGAGACGUCAAAUUAUAUCCAGGGCAUUUUAUGGUUGGUUAGCCUAUUGCAGACAUUUAUCAACUGUACGAACGCAUUUAUCGGGCUUGGUUAAUGGUCGAAUAACACCUGACUUGGCAGCAAAUGAAUCUGGUUUAACCAGAGAGAAAUGGGAUGCUUUGCACGAAAAUGGAGUCAUUAACAGUCAGGAGGAGUUAUUCCGUCUAGUAUAUUUUGGCGGCGUAGUUCAUGAUAUACGCAAAGAAGUUUGGCCAUAUUUAUUGGGCCAUUACAGCUUUGGCUCCACCAUCGAGGAAAGACAAAAACAAGACACCAUUAGCAAACAUUACUAUGAAACUACCAUGAGUGAAUGGUUGGCUGUGGAGGCUAUUGUACGUCAAAGAGAGAAGGAGAAGAAUGCAAAGGCUUUGGCAAAAAUUUCAGCUGAAAAUAAACGUAAUGGUAUUCAUGCUUCUGGUAAGCACGUGUGCCGCCAAACAGAAUUGGAUGUUGGUGAUAUGGACAAUGAUGUCUUCGAUGAUCAAGAUUUCUCUGAUAUCUCCGAUCCAGGAAUGGAUUUUGAUGAUGAAAUCAUGAUAGGCAUACAGGAAGAAAAAGAUUCAGGCAAUUGUGAAGAUGAAGAAGACCCCCUUGAAGAGCAUAAUGAAGAAGAAUACUUGAAAAAGGAAAGCUUAGGAAAGACAAUAAUCGAAGAAUCUUUAGAGCAAGAACUAGCUGAAGAAAUUACGGAGAGUCAUCAAGCUAAUUUGGAACGAAUUUCAGAAGGAGCGACAAAAGAGAUUGAGGAAAGCAAUGAAAUAGAAAAUGUGGAGCAAGAAGAGUUGUCUGAUAUAAAAGAAACAAAAUCUUUGAAUAACGAACAUCUAGACAGUGAUAAUCCAGGUGAUGAGAAUGAAGAAGAAAACGAAAUUUCAAAACCUAAUAAACUAGAGACAGCGACCGAAGUGUCUUCAACUAUUAAAUGCGAACAAGAUAAUGUGGUUUUAGAAUUAGAUGAAAAUGAACCACUUUCAAUACAAGAACACUGUUUUGCAGAAUCUGAGCCGGAACAGGAGGCUGGACUGACACCAGAGCAAGGAGGUUUGUUGCUGUUAAGUAUCAAAAGUUCUCCUUCAACAUCAUCAUACGAAACUGUGGGCAAUGAAUUUACCGAAAUGUUAGAAAUGGCCCAUGACAAUGGAAUACCUGCAGAAGAAAACACACAUGAAGUUGCAGAGCAGCUAGAUGUAGCAGAAAAUCAAGAUAAUGGAGUUUCGGAAGAGGAAGAAGAAGCAAUGGAAGCAUUUGAACUUCACGAAGAAGAACAAUAUGAUGACCGCAACGAAAAUGCUGAUAGCUCUAAUAAUGUCCGUAAAUAUCAUAGUGUCGAGGAUGUUAGAGAAAUGUCGACGAUUACCCAUGCUGUGAUAAUCACAGAAGCAGCCUCAAAUGAUGCCCUAGAAUGCACUGAUGAACCCACCGAAGAUACAUCACGUAAAACUAGUUUAAUUUCACCCAUGAAUGAAGAUAUAACUGUGGUUGCAUCAUUAGAUGCUCUUCAAGAACCCAAAUCUGCUUGUGUUUCACCAGCCAGUUCAAAUGGCGGUGUCUAUAGUUGUGAGUUUUUAGAAAAUUUCGCUUUAAAUUUGCAUCGCAUUGAAAAAGAUGUUCAGCGCUGUGAUCGCAACUAUUGGUAUUUUGCAAAUGAAAAUUUGGACAAAUUAAGAAAUGUUAUAACUACCUACGUGUGGGAACAUUUGGAGGUGGGUUACAUGCAGGGCAUGUGCGAUUUAGUGGCUCCAUUAUUAGUAAUUUUUGACGAUGAAGCCCUGACCUACGGCUGUUUUUGUAAACUAAUGGAACGCAUGAUUGAAAAUUUUCCCAAUGGUGGUGCCAUGGAUAUGCAUUUCGCCAACAUGAGGUCUCUUAUACAAAUCUUGGAUUCGGAAAUGUAUGAUCUAAUGGAUUCUAAUGGUGAUUAUACACAUUUUUAUUUCUGCUAUCGCUGGUUCUUAUUGGAUUUCAAACGCGAAUUGGUUUAUGAUGAUGUAUUUUCUACUUGGGAAGUAAUAUGGGCAGCCAAACAUGUGGCAUCUGGACAUUUUGUAUUAUUUUUGGCAUUGGCAUUAUUGGAAACUUAUCGCGAUAUAAUAUUGUCCAACAGUAUGGAUUUUACAGAUGUCAUUAAGUUUUUCAAUGAAAUGGCUGAACGUCAUAAUGCCCAAUCAAUAUUGCAAUUGUCGCGUAGUUUAGUAUUGCAAUUGCAGACAAUAAUUGAAAAUAAAUAAAUAUUUUAUUCAACUAGAAGAAGAAGAAAAGCAAAUGGGAGGUGAACAAAAUUAAAAAAAACUCAUUAUAAUUAAUUUUAAAAGUAAAAGUAGUUUAUGCAAAAAACAAAUAAACAAAAGUAGAACUAUAAUGCAACAAAAAUGUAGAUUCAAAUCAAGCGCAAACAGCACGAAAACAAUAGCGAACAAAACUCAACUAACUCACGUAGUAGAAGCAGACCUGGGCGAUUUCCAUUAAUUUUGCAUUAACAUUAAAUUAAAAAAAAAUUAAUUUAAUGUAAAAAAUAUUACAUUAACAUUAAAUUUGUAAAAUUUAAUGCAUU